AUGUGCACACUGGAAUCUGCGGGUGUCUACGUCAUCGUCGAUCUCGGAGCCAACUGCGAAGGAUGCGAAAUCACGACUGACGCCGCGCCAGCAUGCUAUCCCGCGUCCUACAAGACACGCGGAGAGAGGAUCAUCAAACAAUUUGCUCGCUUCGAUAAUGUCUUGGCGUUCAGUGGGGGAAACGAGAUCAACCACCGUACCGGAGGUAAUCCGUGGACAUGGAACGCGCCGUGCCAGAAGAAGUUCAUUCGGGAUAUGCGCGCCUUUAUCCAGUCAUGCCCCAACCUGCGCCAGGUGCCGGUGGGACUCGUUGUUGCUGACAUGAACCGAGCUGAAAAUGCGCAGUAUUACAACUGCCGCACUGAUGAGAGCGACGAGCUUGAAAACGCGCAGUGGUACGGCAUCAACACGUACGUGCAUUGCGACGACAUCUCGGACCCCACCAAGGCCACCGGCUUCAACAUGCUACGCGACAGCUUCAAAAGCUACGAUUACUCCAUUCCCGUAGUGCUCACUGAAUUCGGCUGUGUCAGUCCGGCCUUCCCUACUGUGGACGGCUACGAGGCACAGCGCACAUUCCACGACGCUGUGUUCAUGAACCUGCCAGAGUACAGCGACUACUUCGCUGGAGGCGUCGCCUUCGAGUACUCGACGGAGAAUGCCAAUUCCAUGUCAACGUCAGCCUACCCGUUUAGGGCAUACGGCCCACAGAACUAUGGACUGGGCUAUUUUUCGCCGGAGGACUGCACGGACGCAGGCAUAAACUGCACGUUCCAGCGUUUCCCUAACUUUGAGAACCUCAAAGAGGCAUACACUUCUUCGCCAGUUCCAAUGGGCCAGUGA